AAGAUAUGUUUCUGUCGGCAGUACUUUUAACAUUUGGCUUGGCCUGCUCACAGGCUGCUGUGGUGGUAAAUGUCACCAGUUAUCUACGUCUAUCCGACCAUCUGGAUCGAUUAAACCUGUUUGGUGGAAAUGCCGAUGCCAUGGCUUACGAUGUUCAAGAACAGCUUUUAUAUGUUAUUGGAAGUAGUAACGAUAUGCUAAACGUGGUUGACGUCGCUGAUAAGUUAAAUCUAAGAGUGCCGUUCAAGCACCAUUUCAGUGAAAUCAGUGACGGUUUGCCCUUAGACGUAGCAGUUUGCCGUUACAGUGGGCUCAAUGACGUUGCCCGGUUAGCUAUCAGUUUCGCCGACAGAGACCUAACUUACGAAGGUCACAUUGAAAUUUUCGACUUGUUGGACAGAAACAAUUUGGUGCUUACCCUUCGAGAAAGAAUCCCAGUUCAGCCAGAUCCUAAGAGUAUUAAGUUUACUGAAGAAUGUGAUAGAUUGGUCGUUGCAUGUGAAUCUAAACCUGGUGCACGUUUGGGUAAUUUUUAUGACCCUGUUGGUCACGUAGAUGUCAUUCAGCUAAAUGCCUUUGGUAGUUCUACUGUUCAUAAAUUGGAUUUCGGUCCCGAUAACAGCCAGAUUCGACAAGUAUACAGCCAAUACACAGGAUCUGAAACUAUUGUGAACGAUUUAGAGCCAGAAACCGUUGUCAUCGGCUCAAAUCACACUGCUUAUGUAAUUCUUCAGGAAAACAAUGCCAUGGGAGGAUUUCUUAUUGACAAUAUAAACUCACCUAUCCAACUCUAUGAUUUAGGUAGCAAAGAUUUCAGUCAGUAUGAUGUUGAUACAAGUGAUCAGGAUCUCGAUGAUAGCCCAAGUGGUGAUGGUAUCAACCUUGUAAGAAGAAACGUUAGAGGGUUUUACCAGCCGGGUGAUGUUGCGGUUUUUGUUCAUAAUGGUGAAGAUUAUUUGAUCACUGCUGAUCAAGGUGCAGUCAAAGAAUAUACAGCGGCCGUCGAAGGUGUCGACUUUCAAGAAGCUGUUCGGGGUCGUACUAUUCCAGAUGUCGAUUUAGAUGUAGAUGAUACCACAAGACAAGAUUUAUCUAACAAUGCUGCUAUGGGUCGUCUAUACGUGAGCGGACUUAAACAGGCUUCCGAUGGUUUUGAUCCUAUCAUCAGUAAUAAAUUCAACUCGAUCAGAACAUACGGAGCCCGAGGAUUCUCUAUCUGGCGCCCAAGUGAUUUAACUCAUGUUUAUGAAAGUGGUGGAGAGUUUGAGUACUACAUGAGAGAGGCUUACUCCAGUGUCUUUAAUGGCGACUGUAACAAUGGCGGAAGAACUCCUCCUCAAGAUAAAGAUCUCAGGUCCGAUGAUAAGGGUCCUGAACCAUCCAGUGUUGCAACUGGGCUGUACUUUGGAAGAAGGGUUGCUGUGAUCGGCAGUGGAAGAAGCGGUGCUCUUUUCGUUUACACUAUCGAGAGUCCUGAUGCCACCAGCCCACCUACUGGCAAUUUUCAGAGUGUCUUCAGACCGGGUAGUAUUACUGGAAGCUGGUCCGAUCUGUACCAGAAUGACCUCGCUGGUCAUCCCAUAAUAUCUGAUAUUGAAAUUGUUGAGAAUGCCGACGGAACAGCUGAUGUCUUUGUUCUUGGUGCUGCCACUGGAUCUCUCAGCAUUUAUUCCAUCAACGAAGUAUUGUAAACAAGGCUUCGUAAUACAAUAAAAUAUUUCUUUAUAUC